UGGCAUUCAAGGGAACGCGGUGUUACCUAUACGGGUCGUUGUAAAUGUGCCGACAAAAUUGUUUUAUUUUUUAAAACACAUGUUUAAUUAAACAGUUUGUUAUUAAUUUAUUUAUGUUUGAAAUGGAUCGCAGCAUUCAAAAGCAAUUAUAUGGAUUAUCCCGAUCCCGAGAAUCUAUAUCGGGUGUACGACGUAGCAUGCCAGCGUCUGGUGCUACGCCGGUUGGCAAAUCAGGUUUUGGCGGCAACGCUAGUUUCGCUCCAAGUCCACUUUCAGGAGGAUUGAGGAAGAAUCUACAUAAUAGUCGCCUAAGCCUUUCGGUGCGCUCAACACAAUCCAUACCGGGAAUCCGCUCGGACUACAAUGCCGUGGAAAGUUAUGGCUGCCCCUUGCCGGUGGUUGUCAACGAAGCCUUGACUUUUGCUGGUGCAUUGCCGGGCACAGUUUCCGCAAAAGUUUCACAAAAUGGUUGGGCUUGGGUGGUUCAAGGACGUCGUUUGUUAAUUUGGCAGUACAAAGAUUCCACAAAAGUCGGAUCCCCACCUCGGGGUGCCAAACAACAGAGACGUGGUGGAACAUUAGCCCAAUGCCGUGAACUAACCUUGCCAUAUAGUGAUUUGGCCCAUAAAAGCGGCUUAAUCUCAGUUUUUCAGACAGAGGGCCAGCAGACUGCUUCCUGCAUAGCUGUUUCCUCCACUGGGGAUGUACGCUAUUGGUCAUCCAUUGCCCAUGAUGGCAAUUCUGUAGAUCUGUCCAUACUAGCGGGACAAGAGUUUGUUCAACUAUUAAAUUUACCCACUCAGCAAGGAUUCCUGGCAGUUACUUCAACCAGCAAUCUGGUCUUUUUGCGAGUGGCUCUGACAAAAGGACGAUACACAUUGCAUCAUAAGAUCAUUAAGCCGGCCACAAGUCUCUUGGGGGGCUUUGGCAAGAAAUUUGCAUCUAUACUAAUCGGCUCGACUGGUGGCGAGAAGGAUCAGUAUCUGGUGGGCAUGUGCUGUGAGAGCAACUCUUUGGAAGGUGAAACCAUUGUCUCUGUUCUGACAGAUCGUUCCAUCCAACGAUGGAGUUUGUCCAAAAAAGGCAAUGCCGAGAACCUAAUCUUCGAAGAUGUGGAAUUAGUGCGAAAAAUACGCGAGGAGUUCCAGCAAAAAUUCUGGAAUAUAAGAUUACCAGCAGAUAAUACAGAGAUUGACUUACAUCUAUUGGACUACCAUGUAACCAAGGGCAAGGCCUAUAUUUUGGCUGGAGCAGUCAACCAAUCGCAUGCACCACAGAUGUGCUAUGGUGUCGUGGUGACGAGUCCAUUAGCAGAAUCUAUGUUCCUGGAUUCCUUUACACCAUUGAAACUUAACAAAUUCUUUAGUCCAAAGACCGUACAGGAUUGUCUCUGCCUUCGGUUCAUAGUGACCAGCAGCCAUUUUUAUUUAUACACACCCAAGACAGUAUAUCCCUUGCAUUUGUCCCAAUCUGUGCCCACCGCCGAAGUCGAGGCUGAAAAGAUUGAGUUCCAUUUGCACGAUGAUCGCAUUUUGAGCGCUGCGGUAUGCAAUCGUUUGCCGCUUUUCUUUAGUCGAACCCAUGGUCUAGUCAGCAUAACCCCUGGUGAUUUUGAUAGCACCGACAUGCUGAAUAUGAGCUCUUGCCAUACACCAGAUCUAUUUGCACCCACAUCUUUCAAUGGAAGCUUCAGCGUCAACGCUGAGCAAUCAAUACAGUUGUCCAGCUCAAACAAUCUGAAUAUGUUCGAUAUAGAUCCAGAUGAUGUGUAUAAUGAAUUAACCGACGAAGUUGGCCAUCUUAAAGCGGCCUUUUUGUAUUGCGUGAAAGGCAACCACAAUAUGGUUAAGACAAUUGUUGGCGAAUUAUUGCGAAAUGUGGCCGAAGCCGAUCCGAAUGGAGCACCCUUGGAUGCCUAUAAAUUGGAUAGAAUUGUUAUUACCAUUGCCGAAGAUCUGGCUGAAGAUCUUCCCAUUGCCGAUCCGCGAUGGGAAGACACUAUCGAGGAGCAACAGGAAAGUAAUCGUCAUGGUUUGGGUAGCUCACGUUCAAUGCAAAUCAUCAAUCAGCUACGCGACAAAGUCGUUGCCAUGCAGCAUUUCAUUGAAUUUCUUCAUUCCAGCGGAGUUUGGGAUAAGCUCAAUGCCAUUCCUUGUGGCAGCAAUGUGCUCAAGCCCACCGGCUAUAUUUUGUCUGAUAUCAGUGAGAAAAUCAUUGCUGCCCUCGCCCUACGCUCUUUACAGACCAAAAUGCCUAAACUGAUUGAAGAGGCCAUUGAUACGACUGUCGCAUUGUGGGAGGAGAAGCCAUACGGCAGUCUAACCACUCAGGAUAUAUUCUACGUGAAAAUCUGUAAUAUGCAAUGUAUAUUUGAGACAUUGGCGGACAUGGCAGAUGAGCGUAUUGCUGCCCAGCAACAGACAACAUUGUCUGUGGCGCAUUCCAUAUGCGAUAUUAAUGUAAUUGUGCUGGAGAUUCUUGACAUGGUAUUUAGAUAUCGGGAACAGCAUUCCAGUAGCUUUCAAUUGCACAAUGAUAAACUGGCCUCCUUUGAGAAUUUGCCGUGGACAGCCAUGUCGGGCAAUGCCGGUGUACGUGAUACAUUGACCCGCCUAAUCCAUCUAAGCGUUCGCUUUGGAACGCAUAGCGUCAGUGAAACGGAACUGAAGCAGCAGCUAUAUCAACAAAUCAGCGAACUUGUCGAUGUUGUAUUGGAGGGACGCAAAAACUAUCUCGAAAGUGUACGUGAAACUGAAAAAUUUAAUGUAUUGCAGCAACAAUUUGAGGCUCAGCGUCGGGAGUUAAUCUCAAUGUUAAUCAAAGAACGACAGUACCAGUAUGCAGCCAAGCUGGCUGAGAAAUAUCUAGAUUUCCAGAGUCUGGUGAUUAUCUGCGAUGAGACCAAGGAUAAGGAUCGUUUGGAUGAUUAUACACGCAAAUAUGAGGAAUAUGAUUUCUCGCAAUUUGCCAUCAAUUGGCAUAUGCGUCAGAAUCGCCAUGGUGAGGUCUUUGAACGUUUCAAGGGUAAUCAGACAGCAUUGGCGCAAUUCAUGCGCGACCAUCCGUCUCUGGGUUGGAUUCAACUAGUAUUGAAUGGCGAUUUCGAGAGGACAGCCAAGGUUCUCGACGAGUUGGCCCAAAAUGAGACCGAGUUUGUGUCUCGCAAGAAAUCAAUGUUAUCGCUGGCCAAAUUGGCCGCCUUAGCCGCCAGUGAUUCGGAUAUGACUGCAAAUGUGGAGAAAAUAAAUACCGAUCUAACAAUUGUUGAAUAUCAAUCGCAUUUGGGUCAUGAUAUAUUGCAAAAUUUUGGCUACGAUUCCAGCGAUCAGAAGGUUCUCAAAGUAGAAGAGAUUAUAAAUUUAUUUAUUGCGGAAGAGAAUGACACUGCCAGUGAAGGAGAAUUCCGCAAGGCUCUGGAGCUAUUGAACUAUGUGGAGCAUCCGUAUGAGAUGCGUCGCAAAAUCUGGUGUGCAGCCAUACGACGCGAUAAUUGGACAGAUUAUGAUCCCAAUAAUGCCGUAGAGUAUAUGCAAAAAAUGUUAUUUUUCCGCAUUAUUGAAAUCUCUCAGCUGAUUGGGGAAGAGGGUGAAAAUUAUUUACCUCCAAUGGAAGAAUUUUUAGAUAGCAACGAAUUGGGCGAUUUGCCACAACAGAAAUCGUUUCAAUAUCUCUUAAAGCUCACUUACGAGUAUGCUACUAAUAUGUUUAAGAAUCCUGCGGAGGAUAUGGAUGUUCAAUAAUAAACUUUAAUCUAUAAAUUUAUGGAGAGAAAUGUUAA